AUGGCAGAUUCAGAGAGUAAGAAAAUCAUUCUAGUGAUCAGCUUAUUUGCUACACUAAUAGCUCUUUUUUCGAUAUUGUUUUCAAACCCUAGCGACAACCCUGUGAUUUUUCCACUUUUCAAAACAGAUGCCAAGCAUAAUAUUGAAUAUUCCUUAGUUCAUACCUCAGAAGCUGAUUCAAAAAACGCAGAGGGUAAAAAAAUAGACUAUAAGGGCACUUGGAAAUCAAGGUCAGAGUCUCCAGUCUUAAAUCUACUGUCAAAAACAAGUGGGUUAUCCUAUUUCCAUAUCUUAAGAGCAUCGAAUUUCUCAGAUUUUAGCAUAUUUCUAUAUGACGGAAUAUGGGAAAGUAGUGAGCUUUAUUGUUUAGAAUUCGAAACAAAAUCCAAUGCUAAUGAAACUAAUGAUAUGGAAGAAGAAAAUCAAGGCUUCUUAUUUGUAUCACAUCAGGAAAUAGACAUCAAGCAAUGCGCUUAUUUAACGAAAAUUAGUUAUUCACAAAUCAAUGGAACUGAAAAAUCAGCUAAAGGUGAGCUUGUGAGUAAAGAUUGCAAUUUGGAUAUUGAACUAAAUGUUCAUGAAUUUGAGAAGUCAGAAGAAAGCGAAGUUAUUGUAACUUUUAGUUUAAUCAGCUCGACACUUUCUGAGAUUGCCAUUUUAGCAUUUAUUAGGCAUAUCAAUGACUGUAGCUCAGACAGUUUCGCAAGGAAAACAUCCAUACUGAUGUUGGGUAUGCAUGCGUCUAUGGAUUUGUUUUCGUCGAUAUUUCAGUGUAAUUUGGCUUUAAAGAGUGCUCAAGGGUUUAAUUACUUGAUCCUGUCGUCAUUGAUAUCUCUUGGUGUCUUUUUGAUUAUUCAAGGCAAACUUUCAAAUAUUGUUUGGAAAUCUCAAUACGCAGCCCAUUUUUCUGGAAAUAUGGAAAUAUUCAAUAAAAAUUUGAAAAUCUUUCAAAAAUCAUUUUUAGUGUCAGUCACACUGGCAGCAGGGUUUAUAUUUCUGUUUUACAGGCAUAUUAUGUCCUUAUUAUUUGUUUUUCAAGGAUUUCUUAUUCCUCAAAUUGUUGUUAAUGCAAUGUAUGGGUAUAAAUUGUCAAUAAACCAUUUGAAUCUUUUCUUAAUGGUCAUUUCAAAAUUAGGAAUGCUUUUCUAUUUCUUUGGGUAUGCAAAUAAUAUCCUAAAAAGCAAGCCAAAUUAUAAUUAUUUGUUUUGGAUAUCAUCAUAUAUCAUUUUACAGUAUAUACUCUUAUAAAAUCAAUCAUAAUUUUAAUAAAAUAAUAAAAACAAUUUAUUUUUUGAGAUUUGCAGAAUACAACUGUCCUUCUACAAGGAACAAGUGUAGGGCCGAGGUUCUUUAUCCCAAGAGUGCUGAGGCCGAAGCUUUAUAGCUACUAUGGGCAUCCUGAAGCAGAAAGAGGAAUAUACAACAAUGAAUGCAUAAUUUGUAUUACACCGCUGGUAGGCCAUGCCAACCCUAUGAUAGAAAACACAAAAGAGCUUAAAGUAAUGAUGGCUCCAUGCCAUCAUCAAUUCCAUGAAGAUUGCUUAAAACACUGGAUGGCAAUAAAAAUGGAGUGCCCAACUUGCAGAGCUCCUCUUCCUUUAGUGGAAGAAUAA